AUCAAAUAUUAAUCGUUCCAAAUUUCCCUAUUUCUUUUCUUUUUUCUCGCGUUAUGAAUAUUCUUAGUUUACCUACAGAAAUUUGGUAUCAAGUGCUGGAAUUUUCACAUAAUCGGUAUCAAUGCGCCUUUGUCUGUAAGGCUUGGACAGAAGUCUCGCUUCAACAAUUAUACAAAGACCUGAGGCUGGAUGGCCGCAACAUAUGCCGUAUGAAACGACUUUUGGAGUUGGAUGCGGAUGAGCGAAUCCCUUACUUUAAAUACUUUGAUUCAACUACAAGACUGACAAUUAAGAGAGAUAAGGAUAGAGAGGAGUUAAGGAGUUUAGGCUAUAUGGAAUACGAUGAUGGCAAACUGGAGGAAGACCAAUUCAUAUUCUUUUUGAAUAAUUUACCGAAACUCCGAGACCUACAUCUUGUAAACAGCUGCUACGAAGGUUAUUAUAUUGCAUAUUUACGCCAAACAGAUUCACUCAAGUGUUUGAAUGAAAUACAGACACUUCCCUCAUACUCCUGUUAUGACAUUUUCAGUCUAUUAUGCAGGUAUCACUCAACAAUAACUGCUAUCUGUAUGGAUGCCUAUGAAGGGAACUAUUCUCAAACUAUAACAUGGACUAUAUGUGAAUCGUUAAGCCAAUUUAAGCAUUUGACACAUCUAACUUUGACAAACGAACGUAAUGUUCAUUUGACACCACUAGAAGUACAAUUAGCUUGCCCUCGUUUGGUGACCUUUAAAUACAGCAGUGGACCUACAAUCUCUGAUCAUACUAUAGAAAAUAUGUUGCGCGGUGUCAACAAGAACGGUAUAAAUAGCCAUUUAAAAGUGUUUCAACUCCAUGUUCCCAAUCUACCAGCCAGCUAUUUUCGAUAUAUCUCCACGUAUCUAGUUCCUCAUCUGGACAGCCUAGAUUUAGAAGUUAGAAGAUACCAGCUUUUGAACUGGAUCCGUGAGGUUGGAAUAGAAGAUGCGAUGGUCUUUGCAAAGAAUAUAAGUCGUUUAAAGGAGCGUAGUCUUGAAUUUAGAUAUCCGUAUAAAAAUGUGACCAUGGAAGACAAAACUGCAGAAAUAACUAAUUUCAACAAGUUACUUAAUGCAUUUAAAGGACUGAGAUACCGUCUGUGUCAAGGAACAUUCAAGUUUACUGGAAGUUCACAUUAUUCGAUGCAUCGCAGUAAAGAAGACGUAUUGGAAUUUGAAUCUACAUUGGACGCAAAGUGCUAUCUUUCACCUAGCGACUCAAAUAUUGCACACGCCUAUGAAGUAGCCUUGAGUAAAUGUCUAUCGGAUAAGGCUUCCUCUUGCAUUGAGCCAGAAAUGAUUGAUUGCUUGAAUAUCCACAUAGAUCAUGGUAACCCGAAGCUGGUCUCAGUAGUUUUACAGUAUGUACUGGUUCAUUUUACAAAUAUUCAAGCUUUUAUAUUUUUUAUGGACGUCACCUCUACCAAGACAAUCUAUAUUGGUGAUGAUGUAAAGGAGUUACAACCACGGAAAGACCGUUUUAUAACAUCAAGAUGUGGUAGAGCCGGUCUGAAGGUGUUUAAAUCUUUACAAUUUAUUCCUUCUAAGCCUUUGCUAGAUUUAAUUUCUACGCAUUUGUUGAAUAUCCAAGUGUUGGUGUACAAUGCAAAGAUCAUGUAUGGAAGAUGGACACAAAAAGUAACCGAAAUUGAUUUGACGGCUUUAAAAAAAUUGCAGCUGUUUCAGUUUGACGAUUACAAUAUUUAUGGGUAUGAUACAGAUUUAAUAUUUAUUCAAUUACAAAUCAACCAUGGAGACAUAGCUUAUUAUUGCCGAAAUAUUGAAAUAUCUGCCGUGUAUGAAGCGACUACUCUCCAACUAUUCCAAGAAUGCCAAGAUGAUGCUACACUGAAUAUUCGACUUUUGAAUGUAAAGUAUAAUAGUGGUGUGAAAUUCGUUGUUUCAACUGGAAGUCAUACAAUGGCUGCAGAAUUUCAUAAUGGUCUUCUUCUUGAUUACAUCAACAUUGAUACUAAGUUUUUAUAAAUCAAUGUAUUUUCAAUAAAUCAAUUACGC